UCCCUCCCCCCCCCCCCCUAAAUAAGAGGUCAUAUAGACGUUUCACAGCCUCCCGCCCCACCCUCUCAGAAAGGGCUCUCCCCUGUCUCUUCACUUAUCCUGGCAAAGUUUCUCUUUGUGAUUUGAUAACCUCCUCCCCUAUCUUGCUGAAUCCCCUUUCCAUCUCUUGAAUGGUCCAGCCACAAUCCCAUUUUUUUAUGGAUUUUUGGAGGGUUCUGGCAUCCCUGACUUGUUGAACCUUCAAACCUCCAUUUUGACAGAUACACCUUUUUUUCCCAGGGAGAGGCAGAUCUGCCAACAGGUGUUUUUUUUUUCUUUUCUCCUGGCAGCUGCUGCUCCUUCUCAUUCUAUUUGUCUUCCCUAACCCUGAAGCAUUUUAGGUCCUAUUCGAGGUACGCCUUCCUACCAUCAGAGGCCCUUAUACGGGAUUUGGUUAGUUUGCUCUUUUGUUCAACUCUUGCUGAGCGACUGACCCUUACUUAGUUGUUUCCAAAUUGGUGCAUCUUUCAUGUCAGUCCCCUUUAAGGACUGUUUUUCUUCUAAUUGAGAUGAUGGGCUACUUUGUUGUAGGAUAACUAUUUCCAGUUGUUGUUUUUUCCCUCCCCUGUGUCAGUUUGGGAGGUGAAUUCAUUGCUUAAGUGCUUUCUCCUAUCGGAAGAUUUGGUUAGUAUCUUGAAAUUAAAUUUGUAUGUGGGAAACUGGAGUCAAACUCUUCUAAGAGAAGACUGCGAGAGAAGCCUCUAAAAGCAGCCCUGUCAACCUUCUGUGGAUCUUCACCAACUCAGGAUGUCAGAGAAUCAACCCAACAACACCCAUCAUCCAUUGAACAAUAAUGGGGUGGGUGGGGGCCCUGCUGGCAAUAACCGAGGGGUCCGCAAUCUCAACCAGAACCCUCUCAUCAAUGUUCGGGAUCGCCUCUUCCAUGCCCUUUUCUUCAAAAUGGCUGUCACCUAUGCCCGCCUCUUCCCACCGUCUUUCCGUCGCAUCUUUGAAUUCUUCAUACUCCUUAAGGCUCUCUUUGUCCUCUUCAUUCUGGCCUACAUUCACAUCACCUUCUCCCGUUCCCCCAUCAACUGCCUGGAACACGUCCGGGAUAAAUGGCCACGGGACGGCAUCCUACGAGUUGAGAUCCAACGCAAUUCCAGCCGUAACCCCGUUUUUCUUCAGUUCUGCGAGAGUGAGAGGUUUCCAGGCAUGGUGAUUGAGCCUGCUGUUGGGGAGGAGGAAGAAGAGGAAGAGGAGGAAGAAGAAAUGACUGUGGAGAUGUUUCAGAACAGCUCCAUCAAGUUUGAUCUGGAUAUUGAACCCAAAAUCUUCCACAAGGCAACUCGGCUGAGUAAUGCCCAUGUUUUGUCUCCCAACGAAAGCCAAGAAUUCUCCUUUGGCAGCGAGCCAGCCUCUAAAGGUAUGCAGCCUCUCAGCGAGACUGUGUCCGAAUUUGAGAUGCUAGCCAAAGCAGUGUGGCCGCAGGAAGAAUACAUUGUGGAAUAUUCCUUUGAGUACGGAUUCCUCCGAUUAUCCCAAAGCACCCGUCAACGUCUGAGCAUUCCCGUCAUGGUGGUGACUCUGGAUCCCACCCGGGACCAGUGCUUUGGAGACAGGUUCAGCCGUCUCUUAUUGGAUGAAUUCCUAGGAUACGACGACAUUCUCAUGUCCAGUGUGAAAGCCUUGGCUGAAAAUGAAGAGAAUAAAGGUUUCCUUCGCAACGUGGUAUCUGGGGAGCACUACCGUUUCAUCAGCAUGUGGAUGGCCAGGACUUCCUACGUUGCAGCCUUCGUCAUCAUGGUGAUCUUUACCCUAUCUGUUUCCAUGCUGUUGCGUUACUCGCAUCACCAAAUCUUCGUUUUCAUUGUGGACCUGUUGCAGAUGCUGGAAAUGAACAUGACAAUCGCCUUUCCCGCAGCUCCUUUGCUGACCGUCAUCUUGGCUUUAGUAGGCAUGGAGGCCAUCAUGUCCGAGUUCUUCAAUGACACCACCACGGCCUUCUAUAUCAUCCUCAUUGUGUGGUUGGCAGACCAGUACGAUGCAAUUUGCUGCCACACCAACACAAGCAAGAGGCACUGGUUGAGGUUUUUCUACUUGUACCACUUUGCCUUUUAUGCCUACCAUUAUCGUUUCAAUGGGCAAUAUAGCAGUUUAGCCUUGGUAACUUCGUGGCUUUUCAUACAGCAUUCCAUGAUCUACUUUUUCCACCAUUACGAGUUGCCAGCCAUCCUCCAACAGAUCCGGAUCCAGGAGAUGUUGCUCCAGAACCAGCAGGUGGGAACCCAGACCGCUCUCCAGGACAACCUCAAUAACAACACGACCAUGGCGGCGACCAGUUCAGCUGAUCGGCAGCCUCACCUGGACGCCAGCCCAGCCGGGGCAGGAGAUGGCUCCCUGGCUUCUGGGGAAGACCACCUUCCCUCGGCCUCCAGCGCUGGCAUCUCCCUCGGGAAUGACUUGAAUUGGGUGGUCGAGACAGCAGCGGUCAUCACGGAAGCCGCCUUUAUUUCCAACCUGGCCGAUACCUUUUUGGACUCCAGGGCCACUCCAGCAAUUGUGACUAGUGGCGAGGGUUUGCAGGACAUGGAGCCUGCUUCGAACACGGUGAUCCAAAGUUUGUUUAGUAGUGACCAUACAGAAGUGGGCUCCGUCACUAUUGAGGGCGCGUCCACCGUUGGGACUUCUGUGACCAAUAUACCUCCUCCCAUCACGGCCCAUGCAGAGCUGGAAGAGACUCCCCAGCCGUCAGAGAGUUCAGCAGGCCGAGCUGAGCCUCUGAAGAGAGACUCCUCGCAAGGUUUGGCUUUAAGGGGCCUCCUUAGUCAGGCCUCUGAAGAGCUUGCCGAGAAGGAUCCCACGCCGCUUUCCCCAGAAAAUAUGGUCUCCUGAUCCCACGAAGCCGCUGCUUCUCCCGAACUCCUUAACUCCGUUAGGAGACAGGAUGGCUUUCCGAUUGCAUAAAUUUGUUUUCCGUACCAGAUUCCUCUUUUUGCAGAAGAAAGAGGCAGAGCUAGGAUGUAAGAUGAAGAGCGAGCCAUCUUUUUUUUCCUCCCGCCUUCCAAGUACCAGGAAAGAAAGAAAGGGGAAAAAAAGCUGAAUAAAAGAAGGGGAAGCGAUUGUAGAUGUCGGUCCUCUGGGUCGUCGGAAUCGAAUCUUUUUGAAAGAAGCGGUUUCUGCAUCUUUCUCGGUGAACGGCGUUAAGCCCCAAUUUCUCAUCUGUGCCCCCACCCUCCAUUUCCCAGACUGCAUGGAAUCAUGGGACUCCCUCUGGGGAUCUGCGGGAGAUCUUAAUUUGCCUUUAGAUCUUUGUGUUUGCAUUCAGUUUUGUCCGAAAGGGAGCUUAGAAAACACCAGGAAAAAAAACAAAAACAAAAAAACGGGGUAUCAUGACAAAAGUUGUUUUUGAAUGCACCUUGGAAUUGGGUGGAGGAUUAUAAAGACCAGAAUCACCGGUGUGGGUGAUUAUAAAGAGAAAUUGAUCCUUAAGCAGAAGGCACAGCAUGGAAAGUUGGUGUGAACUGGCUCCAGAACGAUCGACGGGAAUUGUUAAUUUGAAGGGUCUAAUACUUGAGUCCUAAAACAAAAAAUAAUCCUCAUCUUUUUUUUAAUCAUUUGGACUACAUCUGCUUAUGUAUGUUAAUUUCUGUCAUAUUUUUUUUUCCUAAAGAGGGUUGGUUGUAGGGGAUUAUUUGAAUAAUACAACAGGUUUAGGGGGAAAACGUGUCUUGCCCCAUUCCCCCACCCCCCCAAUCCUUGAACCCAGAUUUUUUUUCUUCGAUAACUGAGUACAAGUGAUUCGCCCCUUUGGGAAGGUGGGGCCUGACCCAAUGAAAAGAUCGGAAAACUUCAGCUCGGUUGUCCUUGGCAGUGUUACCUUAACCUUAAGUUGUUUUCGCCCAUUAGCUUCCAUGUGGGAGGAGUCCAGCGAUGGAUAAAAACAAAUGAGCAGGAACUCUUGAGAUUGUGGCCCAUUGGCACUCGUGCGAGGUGAGCUGGGUGGACAUUAGAAGCUCAGAAUUUGCUUCGCUUUACGACAGUUCUGACGUGGUGCAGGUUAACGCUUUCAAAGGCCGGGCAAAGUUAUGAACUCUUUUGAGUUCAAGGAGAGGAGGCAAAAAAAAAUAAUAAUAAUGGACGGGGCAGGGUGCAUUAGAGCACUGUUUCUCAAUCUUGGCAACUUUUAAGACAGGUGGACUUCAACUCCCAGAAAUUGCCAAGGUUGAGAAACAUAGCCUUAGAGCCAGACUGAGGAAUGGCUGAAAAAUGAAUUUUUCUUUCUGUCAAUUCAUCCGAAGAGUUCCCAUUAGCUGCUGCUUAUGCACUUUAAUGAGGAUGAUUGCAUUGUCCGGUGGACCGGAUUUCAGCCGCCGCACCUUUUCAGCGCGAUGCCUUUGACUAGCAAAUACUGAACGCAAUGAGGAAAUCGCUUCCCCAGCACGACUGCGACCUGUGUGUGUGUGUGUGUGUGUGUGUGUGUGUGUGUGUGUGUGUGUGUGUGAGAGAGAGAGAGAGUGAGUCACACUUCUUCCUUCCAGAAUUACACUUCUCAACUGGGAGCAGCCAUUCGGCAGCCAGUUUCCACAUAUGGCUUUGGAAUGGGGUUCCCGAGUGCCUUCCCUAGAUUCCCCCGAAAUCUGUCAAGAGGGAGGACUGAUUGGGGGGGGGAGGAGGGGGGCUGGGUUUGAGCAAUAGGAAGCUGAGCAAAACCCUGAGUUUCUACGACUUUCUGAGCAAGAAUCAAAUCUCUGAGAUGGGUAACCCAAUGCAAUGCUGCAUGCCACCAAGGAGAGAAGCUGAUGGCAGAUCAGCCCAGGGCGCAAGUGGGCUACCCAGGGCUUGGUUUGAAAAUUAAAAAUAAAAACGGCAGGCCAGCGCUUCCCCUUCCCCAAAGGAGGACGGCCCAUUCUUGUGCAAUAGAUUAGUCGAGUUCUUGGCCGUGUGCCGAUUCUCUACCCAGAUCGGUCACCAAAGUUGCUCGCAGCCGGUCAGACUUUGGGCCUUUCUGCUUUUGAGGUGUUUUUUUUUUUUUUUUUUUUGGGGGGGGGGAGAAAAUUAGAUAGAAGAAAGAGAAUCAAAACUAAAUCACACGAAUAGUUCAUUCUGUUUAAUGUACAAAAUGUUUGUAUGUGUGUACAUACAUAUAUAUAUAUAUAUAUAUAUAGUAUAUAUAUACUGUAUAAAUACUGUAUUUAAUCGUU